UGGCCAGAUUCUGCUAUGACCCUUGACCUCCUGGAACCUGUACAUCCCAGGUUGGCUUGGCCACUAACAGAUGGAGCAGGCAAGAACUCACUUGGGGUCCUCAGUACCCCAGAACCACUUCUUCGACUGCAGAGGACACAGAGGGUGUGGCAGGUCCCAGAGCUGGAUGCUCAGCAUGCCAAGGCCUUUUUGGAGCUGUGGCCACUGGGGAGCUUCCUGGUCAUAGGACAAGAUCCUAGCCAGGUCCUGAUGCUGAAGACAGGGCCUUCAUCAGGAGAUGUCAACACCUAUCCAAUUCACAAGUUUGCUGGAGGUGUGUCCCUGGAAUCCUCCAACCUCUGCAUGCCAGACUUUCCCCAUCUCCUGGCCUUCCUGUCAGCCAGCAGGGACGUUUUGCCAAGGACACUGCUCUUGCCCACUCCACCUAUAGGGCCAGGAGACAAGGACACAGAUCCUGUGCGACUUGGCUGCAUUCAGGUCAACACCUCAGGGAGGGUGCUGUCUGUAGUGAACCAGCUCUAUCUGGAGACGCAUGGAGGCUGGGGGACAGAGCAAGCUCCACAGCAAACAGAGCCAGAGACUGACCAGAAAUACAGUCCAGCCCCUAGGAAGCCCACCCCACAUCGGGUCUCCUGGGUGGAAGACCCACUGAAACCGGAAGUGCACCACACUGGACAGGAAGUGCAUCAUCCUGGACCAGACACUCACCACCUUGAAGUGGCAGUGUACCGUCCUGGAGCAGAAGUGUCCUUUCCUAGGCCUGCUCUAGUUAGUGUGGUGGAGGAGCAGGAGGAAGUGGGCAGUGACAAGUCCAGAGAUGAAGAGGAAGGCCGCGAGGACCUGCUCACUGACCACAUCCGUGCUCUGGCCAGGGCCCGGAGCAGCUAUGUAGCCCGGCAGUACCGAUGCCUUCGGGCACGCCUCACCUCAAACUCUGGAAAUCCCUACAGGCCCGGGGAUCCGGCCACGGAGCUGCUUCAGGAUGUGCGCCAGCUCCUCACUGAUCUCCAGAAUUACCUGGCAAAGGACCCCGACGUCAGAGCUGUCUUUGGGAACAGGGAACCUAGGGUCCCUCGGGACGAAGAUCUUGGCUCCGCUGUGGAAGUGGCCCUCUGUCGGGCAGUUCUGGAGCCCCUGAAGCCGGCCCUGUGGACCAAACUCCGAACUCUCAGAGCCCAGGAACUGCGGCUACUGCGCCGGCGCCAAAUAGUCUUGCGGGCGGGGGCAGGGCCCGAGGGACAGCACCCUGCCCCAGCCUUGCGGAGCCGGAUCCACGCGCGCCUCGCGCACCUGCACGCCGCGUGCGUCCCGCGCCGCAAGGUGGCGCUGCUGCUGGCGGUGUGCAGCGACGUCUACGCCGGCCUGGCCGGUGGCGAGAAUCAAGAGCCCCUAGGGGCCGACGCCUUUUUGCCGGCCCUGACCGAGGAGCUCAUCUGGAGUCCACACAUAGGGGAGACGCAGCUGGAUGUGGAGUUUCUUAUGGAGCUCUUGGAUCCAGAGGAGUUGCGGGGAGAAGCUGGCUAUUAUCUUACCACGUGGUUUGGGGCUCUUUAUCACAUUGCUCACCACCAGCCCGACUCUGGCCGUGCACCCCAGGGGCUCAGCUCAGAGGCCCGGGCCUCCCUGCGCCAGUGGCACCGAAGACGGACGCUGCACCAGCAAGCCCUGCCCACAGCCCAGGCCAACCUGCCCUUUGAGGAGCCAUGGGCAGUAGAGGACCAGUGAUGGAGUCCUCAAACCCCGCUCACUCCUCUGCU